AUGUUGGAAUCACUCGUGGCCAGCAUUUUAAACAGAUUUCUAAAGAACUACGUCUCGAACUUGAAUUAUGAUCAGUUGAAAAUCGGCAUGUGGAAGGGAGAGGUUAACCUUCGUAACCUGAAGUUGAGAAAGGAAGCCCUUGAUAAAUUAAAACUACCAAUUGAUGUAUCAGAAGGACAUCUGGGCGAGAUAACACUUGUUAUUCCUUGGUCUAAUUUGAGAAACGAGCCUGUAAAAGUCAUUAUUGAUCAUGUAUAUCUUCUGGCCGAACCAAAAAAUGAAGCAACAAUUUCCUUAGAGGAAGAGGAAGCAAGAGCACAAUAUCUGAAAAUGCGCCGCUUGUCAACUGCUGAAAUGCUGGAAUUCUCAAAAACCAAAUCAUCUGCAGAGCAGGAGGAAUUGAAUAAUAAGGAUGGCAAUGGAUUUGUAGCGCAACUGACAACCAAAAUAGUAGAUAAUCUCCAGUUCACCAUGAAAAAUGUUCACUUGCGAUAUGAGGAUAAGAUUUCUGACCCUAGCGCACCUUUUGCAGCGGGUAUUACACUUAAAGAGUUAAGUGCUUUAUCGACGGAUGAAUCUUGGACACCGAAAUUUAUAAAUGAGUCAGUUAAUAUAAUUCAUAAGGUAGAUGCCACUUUGCAGUAUCAUAUCCCCAUUUUAUUGCUAAUUGAAGUUCAGCUAGCUACAUUAGAAUCAUUAUCAGUCUACUGGAACACAAAUGCUGAUUCUCUUUCGGGCAUGCAGCCGGAUGAAGCUGCACGUAUAUUCACAGAGAUGAUUCCCUCUACGGAUAAUCAAGUCAAAGAGCAUCAAUAUAUACUUAAACCGGUAUCAGGAAAAACAAAGAUCAAAUUAAACAAAGUAUACGGUGAUAAUAUCCCAAAAUUUGAUAUAGUUAUGCUAUUCGAUGAGCUAGCUUUUUGUCUGGAUAAUCAUCAAUACCGUGACGCUGUUUUGAUGGUUGAUCUGUUUCAUGCAAAUUUGAAAAAGCAGAAAUAUUUGAAGUUUCAUCCAGGAACAGGCAAAACACCGAUGUCUUAUCCAAAAGAGUACUUCCAAUACGCAGGAAAGGCAAUUUUAUCUGAAAUUCACGAGAAAAAAUACAAAUGGAGUUGGGAUCAUUUUAAAACACGUAGGGAUCAGCGGUAUAAAUAUAUCGAAUGUUACGUUGCUGACAGAAUGCAACAGGCUACAUCAGAUCAAUUGGAAGCUCUAGCACAAUUAGAGCGUGUACUCUCUUUUGAAGACAUCCGUUUCUAUAGAAGCAUUGCAAAAACGAAACUUCGUCAAGCAAAAAUCAAAACUCAUAUUGAAAAAGAAAAAAACAAGGCAGAGAAAGCUAAAAACAGUUGGUGGGGUUGGCUUACAGGCACUUCUACGGAAAAGCACAACGUAGAGCAUAUAAAUAACACUGACGAUCUGGGUUCUAUGACGAUGACAGAAGAACAAAGAAAAGAAUUGUUCAAUGCUAUUGGUUAUGAUGAAGAUAAAGCUCAGAUAGCGGCUGCUGUGGACGUGCCUGCAAACACUGUUAAGUUCGCAUUGAAAGCAAAGCUUAAAAGAGGGUCCUUCACCCUAACUCAUAAUGUCAAAGAAAAAACGGAAACAGAGCUUAUAGGCUUGGUUUUUGACGUUGUCAGUUUAGAUGUAGUACAAUAUGUGAAGAGUAUGAAGGUAGCUGCAACCUUAGGCGAUCUCAAAAUGUAUGAUGGUGCCACAAAGGGCACGUUAUAUCCACAGCUAAUUGGUGUAAACAAAGGAGAAAGCUUACUAGACGUAAAGACGAUUGCCAAGCAAUCUUUAAAAAAGCAGUUCGAUGAAACAAGAAAUAAUGAGCCGUUCUUGUCAAUGGUAUUUGAGAAGAAGCCAUUGAAUAAAACAGCCGAUAACGCCUUUACUUUGAGGAUGAAGCACGUAGAAAUUAUUUACAGCCCAGUCAUUAUUUCAAGCAUGAUGGAUUUCUUCAAACCACCAGCUUCACGAAUGGAAAGCGUCCACGCUUUGAUUGCUGUUGCGAAUAGCACCUUACAAGAAUUAAGACUUCAAACUUUAGCCGGACUUGAGUAUGCGUUGGAAACACAUACAACUUUCGAUUUGAACGUCGAUAUGGAUGCACCUAUCAUCAUCAUUCCAGAAAACCUAACAACUCAAAAUUCAGCAGUUGUAAUUCUUGACACUGGUCAUAUAAGUGUGGACAGUCAGCUGGCUGACAUUGAAGUAUUGAAGAGUAUAAGAAAUAAGCAUAUUCAGCAGUUCACAGAAAAGGACACAGCAACGCUAGAAAGCCUGAUGUAUGAUAAAUUCACACUUCAGCUUAGCCAGACAAAAGUAUUGGUCGCUGCCAAUACCAAAGAUUGCUUAUGGUCUUUGCAGAAUGAUACAAAACCACGCGUUGAUGUUCAUUUAAUAGAGCGUGUUGAUAUGAUAUUCCUUGUAGAGCUUUGUAUUUUGCCAGGAAAGACAGAAUUCACCAAGUUCAAAAUUUCCGGCCAUCUACCAUUGCUUACAGUCAAUAUUUCUGACAGUAAAUACAAAACGUUUAUGAAAAUUCUCAACUUCGUGAUUCCCAAAACUGAAGGCGAAGAAGAUGGUUCGAUCGCCAAUAAUGUUGACUCAAUAGAGCCUCCAUAUGUCGCAAAUGCUAAUCUUAUCAAUGAGCGAUUCUGGCAAUCUCGAACAGAUACACCAUUGUUAGUGGAUUAUGAUAGUGAUAUCGAGAACGAAACUGCUGAUCUAUCAACAGCUGCAAGCUCUACUACUUAUGGUGUGAAGUCAAGCGAUGUUAAGCAGUUUCAACUCACGUUCCACGUCGAUGAAGUAUGUGUUUUAAUCAACGAGACGUCAAUACACAAGCCGCUUAAUGAUACUACACUUUGCCGGCUUCUCUUCGAAGAUUUUGAACUAAUUGUUGUUACAAGAGCCAACGAUCUUUCAGUCAAUGCUUCUCUGAAAGCGCUCAUGGUACAAGACGAAUUGUCGCACGAUCAGAAUUUUAAAUACCUAGUAACUUCAGCGCCUACAAAUGGAGCAAACUGUAUGUCAGAAUCAGACAAUCACAACUUGAUAAACGUCCAAUAUAGGAAAGUUUCUAAGGCGCAUCCUGAGUUUGAUGCUUUAUACGAAGGGAUUGAACAGUCUGUCGUAACCACCUUAUCUACCCUCACAGUUGUUUUGAGAAGCAAAUCUAUUUUGAGACUGUAUAAUUGGAUAAUGAAUACGUUCACUUCGCCGCCUGACUCUACAAUUGAGCAAACAAACGACAACCUCGCAGAGGAAAAACUUUGCGAUCAUGAGGAGGCCAAGUUAUACCCCAAUACUCAGAGUAGCAUUUUUUUACGGAAAGAUACAGGAAGCUCCGCGUCCGUAAUCACGUCAACAAGCAGUAAUGACGGCCGCAUGAAAGUGAUGAUUCAUAUGGAUGGAGUUUCGUUGAUAUUCAUUAAAGGCGGUAAGAGAAUUGGAACAACAACGUUAAGCACAGGUGAUCUCUCAAUAAAAAUGGAGCCUAGCGGAAUGGAAGUCAAGGGCAAAUUUAGUAAUCUUACCGUAAAAGAUGAUACUGCCACAGAAAACAACUCUGUAUGGCAAGGUUAUCAGAAUUUUUCCUCUUCUGAACCAUAUUUGUUGAGACUUGUGGGUGACGAUUUGGCCAAUUUCACAUAUACUACAUACGAUCCGGAUUCUGAAAACUUUCCUGGUUAUAACCAGGGAUUCAGACUAAGAAUUGGUGCUAUUCACUUGCUAGUUACAGACUCACUUAAAUCGAUAUUAGACUUUUUGCAAGAAUUUUUGACCAUGAAAUCCGUUUACGAUACAGCUAGAACUGCUGCUGUGGAGCGUGUGCAACAAUAUCAGGGGGGUAAUCGAUUUCAUUUUGAUGUACUAGUCAAUAGCCCCGUUUUGAUUUUCCCUGUAAAUGAUACUGCAAAAAAGGGAGCCAUCAUCGUUAACUUGGGUGAAAUUCGAGCGAGCAACAAGUUUGCUUCUAUCCAGCGAAGUGAUUUGUUCAAUUCCGCUAAGCCAGUCCUCAUUCCUGCUAUCUUAAUUGACUGUGGUUUAUACGAUAUAAGUUUACGGUCUAUCACUACUUCAAGAAAUGGUAACUCCAACGAUACAUUACCUAUCGUUGACGAUUUGGAUAUAGUUUGUAAGAUUGAAACAUUGGAAAGCGCUACAGAUAGUUUAGGGCCAAGUACUCAAAUUGAAGCUGAUAUAUCUGAUAUCCUCUUAAGUUUCAAUGAAGUACAAUAUAAGCACUUGUGGCAGACAUGGACAUUUAUUCAGCAAACAUUCUUAACAUCUGAACCUAAGGAAAAUAGUAAUCAGAUGCAGUAUGUCGACAACGAUGACACAACAUAUGCAAAUACUGUAUCAAAUGGCUCCUGCCAGUCCGACUCUUUAAAGACUGAAUCGGCAAUGCCUGCUAAUCCAACACGUCAAGAUGAAAGUACUAACAAAAUCACUCUUGAUUUGAUAAUGAGGCUUAACACAGUUAACAUGCAGAUUAUUUUGACCGAAUCUUUUGAUACCUUGACCCGAAAUGAGUGCAUGCUAUCUAAGUUGGCUUUUAAUGGAAUUCAGAUGAAGUUACAAAACACUUCGAACAAUUUUAUGGCUAUGGAAGUUAGCAUGCAAUCUAUCAGUUUCGCGGAUACCAGGACAGAAUCACGAUCGAAAUUCAAGGAUGUCCUACCAGCCAUCCAACUUGAUGGACCUCAAUUUCAAUUCAGGAUGAAUUCGUGUAAGUUGAAUGAUGCCACAUUGAUGGAUAUGAAGGCUACUGUGGAUAGUCCGAGGGUAAUUCUUUCUCUGGACUACCUGUUACUUUUGAAAAACUUCUUUAUCAGUCCGUUCGCUGAACCCACAGAGGCACAGAAAUAUGCGCGAAUUCACAGUCAGGAUUCGAAAAACGAGCCCUCAAAGCAAAUAGAAAAAGCUGCUCCAUCAAUGACAACAACAAAUUUUAAACUUAAUGUUGUUGAUUUAGAAGUUAUAUGCCUCGCGAAUCCUGACAACGUAGCUACCGAAGCCGCAAUAUUUUCGUUUAAACAACUUACGAUUGAUCAAGACAGUAAGUUAGAAAUGCACAUGGAUGGAAUCGGCAUUGUUCUCUGUAGAAUGGAUAGUCGCAAAGAGUCAGAAAUGCAACUUGUAAAAGAAUUCAGUGUUCUGUUUAGAAUGGAGAGUGCCUCAGCAAAUUCCAUACACAAUCUGACCACCAUAGAACUGAAUGUGCAACCUAUUAUUCUUCGUCUGUCCUAUCAGGACGCAAUGCUUAUUUCCCACAUAGCAAGCAAAGUUACUGCUUUGGUGGGUUCUACAUCUAGCAAUCCUGCAACAUCCCGUACUCCUGAUUCAAGAGAGCGCCUCACGUUAACGAAUACCCAACUGAGCGACGAAAAUAACAUGUUCCUUUCAGCAUCAAAUCAACCUAGAAACGCAAAUCGAAGAACAAGCGUAACAGGGCAUAUUGAACCUUUUAUUGUGAUGUCUAAAGAAACUUUGCUUGCCUCUUUUGAUGGUAUUCAAAUAACGUUGAUAGAAGAUCUUCAUGAACUGCCAUUUAUUGAUGCACAGAUACAUCCGUUUGUUUUACGGGCUUCUGACUGGUCAAGAGCGGUAGAAGCCGAUGUAGACUUCCACAUAAAAGUAGACAGUUUCAAUUUUAAAAACUCACAUUGGGAACCAGUCAUUGAACCGUGGAGUUUUUGCAUAAAGGUGUCUCAAGAUGCCACUAAUAAGUCUACCUAUGUUAACAUUACAUCACAGGAGCUCCUUUUAUUCACCAUAACUCACUCCUUUGUCAGUAGUUGCUUAUCAAUUUCUCAAACACUAAAUGAUCUUAAGCCCCUUGCCGAGAGUUCUCCUGGACAGAUCAAGCAUUAUCUAUUCAAGAAUUGUACGGGAUAUGACAUGCGAUUCUGGAAUAUGUCUGAUGAUGUUGCAAAAGGUGACAAUAAAAUCUUCCAACUUAAACAAGGGCAAUCACAACCAUGGACAUUUCGUGAUUGGAGAAAACGACGAGAGAGAUCUAGCAUAGGAAAAAAUCUACUUGGAGUUCAAAUUGAAGAAAGUUAUUGGGAAAGUAUCUUACAUAUACCACUCGAUAAUGAAGGGGAGCGAGCAUAUCGUUUACAGCCAAGUAUAAACGGUGUCUAUCAUCGCCUAAUCGUUGACAUUCGAUUGGAAAACCAUAUUAAAACUGUGGUGUUUAGAAGCGGUCUUGUUUUAAUGAAUAAGACUUCAGAAAGUAUGCAGAUAGCCAUGGUCAAUAGCAAGAGGCGUAUUAUAUCAGAUAUUGUGCAUUUGAGGCCAAAUGAUGCUUUUAAUGUACCCGUCAAGCUUUCUUAUGGGUAUUGGUUCGUAGUUAGGCCUUCAGAAGGUUUCCAUUGGAGUAAAGAAAUGCUAAUGUGGUCAGAUGUUCUACUCCCCUCAUCGCCAAGAUGCAUCGAAUGUAUAUUGAGCGAAGACAAUGAACAUUCAAAGUCAAGAAAUUAUCAGAUCAAUGUAGACUAUGACAAAAAGAACUCAUUAGUCAAACAAUAUCCCUUCCUGAAAAUCCAAUUCUGCCCACCCAUCGAAAUAGAGAACUUGUUACCGUUUGACUUAAAUGUCAUCCUCAGCGACAGGGUAUCCGGUAAAACGCUUUUUCAGAAUAUCAAACAAGGCAAUACUGCUCAUGUGCAUGAGUUCAAAAGCGAUACUGUACUUGCUAUUAAACUUGAUCUUAAAUCAGAUCGGUAUAAUUGCAGCGAUACAGCGAUUAUCGAAACCAAUCCAGGCUUCUCAGCGAUGAACGAAAAAAUUCAAGUUAUCAGCUCUGAUAAUGUGCCAUUGAGUCUAAGGAUGAAUAUCAUUCGACUUACAAACACGUCAGACGCACUGCAUAUAAAUGUGUACGCUCCUUACCUAAUUCUGAACAAAUCUGGAUUGCCUGUGUUUCUACGUCAGCGGCAACACCAUUACCGUCAGGGCCGCACCAGUUUUCUAAGUAUCGAAGCAUAUAAUGAAGGUGAUGUCAUUGAGCCAGUUGUGUUUUCUUAUCCCGAGAUUGAUCACAAAAACCGUGCCCAAAUAUCAUUCGAAGGAUCAAAAUGGAGCGAACCAAUUAGUUUUGAAGCUGUUGGGAGCAACCAAGAAGUCACUGUAUUGAGUAAAGCAGAUAAGCACCUCAUUCAUGCAGGAAUUAAUAUUGAGGAAGGUGUUGGAAGCCUACGAUUAACCAAGAUUGUGACUAUCACACCUCGGUUUAUGGUGAAAAACAAUAUGAAUGUCGCACUGAAAUUUUGUGAGUUUGGAGGAGACGAUGACUGUAAGCUUGCUCCUGGACAAAAAGCAGCUUUUUACCAAACUUAUAAAUCCAAUGUUUGCUGGUUGUGCCUUCAACUUCAGGAAUCUGUCAAUAAGUGGUCCUCACCCUUCAGUAUUCGAAACAUCGGCAAGACCUACGUUAAGGUCGGAAGGGGCGAUGAUUUGAUUCCCUAUUUAGUGCAGGUUUCAACACAGAUCCAAGAUUCUACCAUAUUUGUGACAUUCAAUGAAGCUGAAAAAUGGCCAUUCUACAUUGAGAAUAGGUCCAGCAUAGCAAUACGAUUUAAACAGGAGAGUAUCGGUUUGGAUGAGUAUAAUUUGAAAGAAAGACAGAAGAAAGCGUUCCGCGAGCCUAAAACUUUUACAGUACCUCAAAAUGGCCGAUUCAAGUAUUCCUGGGAUGUACCGGUCGCUAAACAGAAGAGAUUGGGCCUUUUUGUAGGAGAUCGCCAUCGAAGGAUUAAUUUCGAAGCGAUUGGACCUCAGAUACCUUUCAGAUACUCGAAAAAUCGUGAUACUCCGGCCGAAGCUUGUAGUUUGUCAAUAGAUAUUGUAGCUGAAGAUACAGCAUUGGUCUUGUGUCUUACGGAUUUUGACUCGUCUAAAAGUCUCUAUCAACCGAGAAGCCUCAGGGCGCCAAGCUUAUCGUCGUCAUCUCAGGAAGGUAGUGUUAGAGACACUUUCGAAACUUUGCAUCUCGAGCAUGUCAUCAAUUUUAGUGUAGAAGUAAAUUUUGCUGGCCUUGGGCUCUCCAUUGUUAACAGAAAAUAUCAAGAAAUUUCUUACGCAACUGUUAAAGGUUUUGAUCUUAAAUAUACGGAUUCGAAUCUGUAUCAAUCUAUAAGAUUAGGUCUACGAUGGUUGCAGAUCGACAACCAAUUGUAUUCUUCAACUUAUCCGAUCAUCCUGUACCCUACUACCUUACCCAAAGUUGCUUCUGAACUAUCUGCUCAUCCGACACUUCAUAUAGCUUUGGACAAAGUCAAAGAUGAAAGACAUGGUGUCUAUUACUUCAAGUUGUUCUCUCUUCUUUUGCAAGAGAUCACAAUUGAAAUUGAUGAAGAUUUUCUGUAUGCUAUUCUCGAUUUUGCAGACCUCAGCAACAGAGAAAAUGGGGGUACUAGCACUGAUAGUAAUGGUUUGUUCGUAAUGGCAAUCACAGAACCGCAAAUAGUCAGCGUAGAAACCCUUUACUAUUUCGAAGAGUUUUGUAUACAGCCAAUGCGUUUGAAUCUGUCCUUUGUAAAAACGGAUAGAAUUGUAGAGACAGACACAGUGCGAACUUCGGCGGUUGGUUAUAUUUUUAACGUGCUUACGAUGACCUUGGGAAAUGUCAAUGAUGCGCCGAUUGAACUUAAUGCUUUGAUCGUGGAAAAUUUGCGCGCAAGCUCUACAGAUUUAUCUAACCGUAUCUACCUUCAUUAUCGCGAUCAAGUCAUUUAUCAAGUCCACCGUGUCAUUGGAAGCGUUGAUCUUUUUGGAAAUCCCGUUGGUCUAUUUAAUACUUUGAGUUCUGGUUUUAAAGAGCUUUUCUAUGAACCCUACCAAGGCUUUAUCAUGAGUGACAGGCCACAAGACAUCGGUAUUGGUUUGGCAAAGGGUGUAGGGGGUUUUAUGAAGAAGAGCGUCUUUGGCAUCACAGACAGUAUGAGCCGCUUCACAGGUAGUUUAGGAAAAGGUGUCUCGGCAGCAACCAUGGACAAGGGAUUCCAGGAUAGACGACGAAUAAAUAUGAUUCGCAACAAACCUACUCAUGCUCUUUAUGGUGUCACUCAAGGUGUAGGUUAUUUCGGUACAAGCAUUGUUAGUGGCUUCACCGGCCUGGUAAAGCGACCCAUCGAAGGUGCAGAGGAGGACGGCGUAGUAGGCCUCAUUAGUGGUAUAGGAAAAGGUGUAGUAGGUGUUUUCACUAAGCCCAUGGUAGGGCUUUUGGAUAUGGCUAGUAACAUUACAGCUGGUAUACGUGAAACCACGACUGUUUUUGAGAAUACCAACCUCCAGCGCGAGCGGAUUCCCCGUUAUACGGGCAAAGAUGGAAUUGUGACACCUUAUUCGCAAAGAGAAGCUUUGGGUCAAAUGUGGCUCAUGGAAAUGGAAAGUGGAAAAUACUCAAAUGAAAUUUAUAUUGCUCAUAGCCUGAUGGGGGAUAGUGAUGAAAAUGCAGCCAUUUUAACUUUAACGCGAAUAUAUGCCAUUAAUACGGAUAAUAUGAGAGUCUUGUUCUCAGUGUUACUCAAUGAUGUAAAGUAUGCCAAAUCCGAAGUAGAUGGCGUAUAUUUGCAUAUGAAAACGCCGGGCUAUAAAAAAUUGUCACUUAGAGAAGAAACGAGCAGAGAAUGGUUUGCUUCCAUAAUCCAGCAAACAUUGAAUUUCAACUUAGAGGAGAGUCGGCGUCAAUAA